GAAGUUGGUUCGCAACCCGCCAUAAAAUCAAAAGAAGAAGAAGAAGAAGAAGUACAACUAGUAGCCGGCUAUGAUGGCUCGAAAGGAAGCUGCAAAUGAGCGUCCUCUCUUAAUUUUUAUCAUCUGUAUUGUAUUUAUACAUUUGUUUAUCUGUCCUUACACCAAAGUUGAGGAAAGUUUUAAUUUACAAGCAAUUCACGAUGUUCUGUAUCACAGAUUUGAUUUUGAAAAGUAUGACCAUCAUGAGUUUCCUGGUGUGGUUCCACGUACGUUUCUCGGACCCCUGUUCAUAUCAGCACUCAGUGCAGCAAUGACUUGUAUGCUUGCCCUCUUUCAAACACCAAAGUUUUACACUCAGAUCCUCGUGAGAGGAGUUCUUGGACUAUGUGUGAUUCAGUCACUAUGGCAGAUGCAAAGAGAGGUCCGGAAGCAGUUUGGGUCAAUGGUGGCCAGUCUGUUUUGCUUUAUCUGCAUCACACAGUUCCAUCUGAUGUUUUACAGUACCAGAACCCUCCCAAAUGUGUUUGCUUUGCCUUUAGUUUUGCUGGCAUUCACAUCUUGGUUGGGCCAGAGACACGGUGCCUUCAUUUGGCUCUCCGCAUUGGCCAUUAUUGUGUUUCGCUCUGAAUUGUGUCUCUUCUUUGGCCUGAUGUUGUUGCUGUCACUCCUGAGCGGGAAACUCCAUUUUCUACAGUUGCUUUACCAUGCCGUACCUGCUGGUCUUUUAUCUUUGGGUCUCACUGUCAUGGUUGACACAGUUUUCUGGAAUAAGCUGCUCUGGCCUGAGGGUCAGGUACUAUGGUACAACACUGUCUUGAAUAAAAGCUCCAACUGGGGAUUUCCCUUUUCUGUGGUACUUCUACUCUGCUCUCCCUCGAGCUCUUGGCAGCACAAUACUAUUUAUUCCACUUGGCCUGUUGGAUAGACGAACAAGAAAACCGCUCAUCGUAACUGUAGGCUUUAUUCUGCUGUACUCCUUUCUGCCCCACAAGGAGCUCCGUUU